ACCUUAUGCCCACACAACAACCCGGGUGUGGCCUCAUGCAUGCCUCUAACCCAGCACUGAGCGGGACAGACACAGGAGGAUCCCUGGGGCUUUUCCAAGCCCAGCCAAUAAAAGGUCAUGGAUCCCGGAUGCCUGCGGGUGCAGAAGAAAGGUUCUGCGUGAGACGCAAAGGGCGAAAGCCCAGGGACAGGUCUUCCUGGCAGCUCUCCCUCACCUCCUCCUCCUGAGAGGCAGUGGUCAGCCCUCCCCAGCCUCGGCAGGGAUCCCUGAGAAACAUCCGUCAGGUCCUGUAUGCAAAGCUCUGUGUACCUUCCAGUGCAGGCAGGGAGACUCCAGCUGGGGCAGACAGCGGGAAGACAGGCUUAGAAACAGGUGAUGGGGGGAGGGACCCGGGCUUUGUUAGACUUCCACAAAAUCGGGUGGGGGGGGUGAGACAAACCUUGAGCUUCCAAAGCCCAACCCUCUCUGGUCCCCAUGGAGAUUAGGGCAGCCUGACAGGGUCACGCCCACCCGGGCCAGAGGCGGCUGCAGCCCCAGGGCUCGGAUGGCAGAACUACUCUGUCCUGCUGGCCGCUCCAGUCAGGCGCCACUGGCUUCUCGCUGGUGUCAGAAGCAUCUUGGCUCUGAGAGUAGCCUGCUGUCCCCACGGAAGCCUCAAGUCCUCAGCCGUCAGAGGGAGGGGUGAAACGUGUGAAAACAGAUACCUGGUGAAGAAAACUGUGGGCCGAGGAAACGAUGGAAUAUUGAAUGCUGGGCGAGAACGUUCGCUGCUCAUUAUUCAGAAAAAGGGAAAUUUACAGGGCUAGCCAGUGUGAUCCCAUUUCUGACAGGAAAACAAACAGGCGGGACCAACUAUGUGUGCUUGCCAGGAAAAAGAAAAAAAAAAAAAAAAAAAAAAAAAAAAAAAAAAAAAACCAGGACAGGAGAAAAUUAAAAUAUGCUUGGUCUUGUUUCUUGGAGAAGAGUCCAUGUAACUUAUUCCCGUGUUUAUUUCUGAAGUUCUGGUUAAUGCUGCCAUCUGGAUUCUCUUUCCAGCAAGGCACACUAUGUCCUGCUUUCCUUGCUGUAAGGCCAUUCCGAGCCCACGUUAAGCUAGGGGCAAAGGUGAUUGUCUCUAUAGAUUCAGAAACCAAGGCUCAGAGAAGUUCAGAGAGGCUGAGACCAGCCUUAGAGAGCAGCCAGCAGAGACACCAACGACGAGACUACGAAAUUAGAGCAUUAAAAAAAUCCCCCAGGGGCCUCCCGGGGGCGGAGGGACACCUCCGAAGCUCCUGUUUUCCUAAACGUCUUAAGUAAAACACCAAGGGAAGAGAGAAUAGAAGCAGCGAGUCUGGAUGUGGUCAUCACCCAGCUUCGAAGAAAGCCUUAAAUGAGGUGGGGAGGACGACUCAGGAAAAGGAUGGAAUGCUGAGGAGCCACAGGUCUCAACAGGCUCGCGCGUGCAUGCAUGCGUGUGCGUGUGCGCGCGCGCACAUGCAUGGCACAUGCGCACAUGCCCAUGUUCCCACAGACCUCUAGGCUCCACUGGGGCAGCCCCUGGACUGGUCCCCAACGUUGAUGGGGAACCGCAGCUGCCCUCCCCCUCCCACCCCCACAGGUGCCUUCCUCCUUCCUCUUUCUAAUACUGCCCUUCCCUUCCCCAGACAGCUUCUUUUGAGGUCUCAGGUUCCCCUCCGAGGCCUCGAGGUUUGGGCUGCCCCGGAGGACAUGGCCUGGGGCCCUGACAACGUGCGGAAAUGGUCAACCCCGGCGCUGCUGGCCAUCAUGGGCACAGUCCUGACUGCGGCCACCAGCCCUGGCUUCGUGGCCAUGAUCACCCAGAAGGGCCUGGACUUCGCGUGCCAGCAGGGUGUGGUCGUGUUGCAGAAGGAGCUACAAGGCAUCAGUAUUCCCGAAUUCUCUGGAGAAGCCUUUAAGUUGAAGCACCUGAGGAAAGGCUAUUACUACUUCUACAGCAUGGUCGUGGAUGUAUUUCAAAUCCCUGAUCCCAAGAUCAAGCUCUCGCCCAAUGAUGGCCUCCAGCUGUCCAUUAAAAAUGCCAGCGUCAAGAUCAAUGGAAGAUGGAAAUCAAAGAAGAAUUUCCUCAAAGCCAAUGGCAAGUUUAGCUUGAACGUCAAAGGUAUCUCCAUCUCCGCCGACCUGAAGCUGGACACUGACUCCUCAGGCCACAUCACCGUCAACUCUUCCUCCUGCUAUGGUCACAUCGACAAAGUCCGUAUCCGAGUCUCAGGCGGCAUGGUGGGGUGGCUGAUCCAACUGUUCCACAGGAGAAUCGAGAAUUCCCUGAGAAACAUCAUUUACACAAAGAUCUGCAAGAUCGUGAGCAACUCUGUGUACUCCAAACUGCAGCCCUAUGUGCGCACUUUCCCAGUGAUAUCUAGAGUGGAUGAUGUAACCAAGAUUGACUACAGUCUGGUGGCACCUCUGACAAUCGAGUCAGAGUUCCUGGAGGGGCAGCUGAAGGGGGAGUUUUUCUGGCGGGAACACCGCAGCAGCUUCCCCAUCGCCCCACCAUUAAUGGCCUUCAACCCCAGCAAUGACUACAUGGUGUUCCUGGGCAUCUCCGACUACUUCUUCAACACUGCAGGAUUCGCAUACCACGAGUCCGGAACCUUGAAAAUAACCCUGAUGAACCAAAUGUUGCCAAAGGAUACCAAAUUCCAACUGAACACUGAGUUCCUUGGGACCUUCCUGCCCGAGGUGACAGAGAAAUUCCCCAGCAUGGAGGUGCAGCUGCUGAUCUCGGCCGCCUCGCCUCCGCACCUGAGCAUACAGUCCUCCGGCCUCUUGUUCUACCCCGCCAUGGAGACCCAGGCCUUCGUGGUUCUCCCCAACUCCUCCCUGGUCCCUCUCUUCCUGGUUGGCAUGAACACAAGUGCCUCUUUGGAAGUGGACGCUGACGAGAACAGGCUUAUCGGAGAACUUAAGCUAGACAAGAUGCUGCUGCAACUGAAGAACUCCAACUUUGGCUCCUUUGAGGUGGAGUUAAUGGAAACUGCCAUCAACUACCUUAUGCACUCAGUGGUGCUGCCCAAGAUCAAUGAGUGGCUGCAUGCAGGCUUCCCUCUCCCUUUGCCCGAUGGGGUCAACCUCAAGAACUUCCUCUUUCAGUCCUACCAGAAUUUCCUGGUCCUUGAAGCGGAUAUCUACUUGACCUGAGAUCACCGUGGGCCCAGGGCCAGGGAGUUCUGCAGCUGCUCCCGAGGGGCCACUGCACUCAGGUUCUUUAGUCUUUGGCCUUGAUCCCCCAGCUCCCUGCUCGAUUCCCGGAGCCCGGCUCUAGAAAUAACCCAAGCCAGUGGAAACUGAACACUGGAAAGGCAGGAGGUCCGUGUGCCAGCGCUCCAUGCCUCUUCCCGCCCAGCCCUUCGAGCCAUUGGCAUUUCCGCUGGAACUGUGGCACCACUUUGGGCUGGACAGAAACACCCGUUCCCCCUCCCGCCCCCCGUGGAUUCUGUGUGCUGGUGUGGCUUUUUGUCCAUUCCCUAAUGCACUCACUGGCUGUAACCAUCAUGGCCUGAAGCGCGUGUACUCUUGAGUCCUCGUACACCGACAUGAGCACAAAGUUCCACUAUUCCAAGUGUCCUUGGGGUUUUCUUAAUUGGCAGGGCUGGGCCAGGCUGUUGUUCCUGACAUUACCACAUAGUGUCGCUAUUGUAUGACACUCCUGUGCAGCCUAUUGGCCAAUGCUGAGACUGUUGUUCCUCACUACCAAGUGGUGGCGCUGUUGAACACCCGGUCCAAAAAGCUGUUUGUCCGUGCCCCUGUGCCUCAUACAGGGUAUGCAGCUCUUAGGGUACCUCACGACCUUCAGGCCCUGGUGUGGAAACCAUAAAUCCCAGCCUCUCCAGGUGGGGUGUUAGAUCCCGUUGGGAGCUUUGGACCAUUUCCUUCCUCAAGACACCUGGUGGGAGUGCCCACGCCUGUUAGAUGCCUCUUGCAGAGAUCAAGUGGACCUGAGGCCUCUCUGAACUGGGGACCUAUGGUCUGAGGCCAGGAUGAUGAACAAAAACACAUGUGAAGAUGUUUACAAUGGUAUUUGGGUGACAUCUGAAAGCUUUGCAAAGACAAGAGGGGACUAGAGUGAUCUGAAGGAGGGGUCUGGAAUCCAGACUUCAGCCAGGCUGGCGAUGGCAAAGACGGGAUGGAAGUGCUUCCUAAAGAAGCACGCACACACCUGCUGACGUGCACACACCUGCUGACGUCGUGACUGUUGCAUGGAGGCUGAGGUUCUAGGACCACUGAGCCAAACCCCUGGGGGCCAGCCCAGGCCAGGAGGAUCUCAUUCAGUUUUCAGCAUGCUCCGCUUCCCUCAUCCUUUGGCUCACUGGGGUCUUUCAGAUUGGGUCACGGCCAGGCACAAGCCCAGCUUGUAGCAGAGUUGGGGUGCCUACCCUUCUGCCCUGAGCCAAUGAGCACUGAGCUUCUUCCAGAUGUCAAAGCUGCCUAGGUGUUGCGGGGGUUGAGGGAUGAGCGUUUGGCGUGUAUAAGGUAGGGUUUGUGCCUUCGGUUGCCUAGGUCACUCACUAUAAAAAGGCACCAAGGCUCAGGAAACAAAAUCCUUUCUCUAAUCUGUCCACCAGGAGGGUGCAUCUGCUUCUACUUGUCGAUGGCUAGUGAAGGACCCGGCUUAGGACCAGAGGGCAGCUUCGGGGGCUAGAAGGAAGAAUGAGGGAGGCAUAUUAUGGGAUGAGACUGGUCUGGUUCUGAAUCUAAGGGAAGCCCUUGGGGGGUCUGGAGCAGAAGAAUGAUGCAAUCCUCGGCUGCCCGGAUGAGACGGCUCAGCCACUGAGAACGCCCACUGCUCUUACAGAGGACCAGAUUUCGCCUCCCAACAGUCACUGUAGCCGCAGCUGACCCGAAGCCCUCUUCUGAGCUCUGUGGGCAUCUGCCCUCACAUGCGCAUGCCCACAUACAGACAUGCACAUAAAUGAGAGAAAUCCUUUUUUUUUUUUUUUUUUUUUUUUUAAUUCAAGGCACAAUCCAACUCUUGUUUUUUGUUUUGUUUUUUUAAAAGUCUCUCCCUGAGCAGCUGUGGGAACAUCUGCUGCCCACAGAGACACCCUCUACCCCCUUACCCGAUCUCCCAUCAUUCUUGUGAUUAGCUAAGGUUCUCCUGAACUCCCUGGCCACUUCGCAACACAUAGGACAACCCCCCUGCUCUUACCAACCUAAUUAGAUUCAUAAACACUUAGGAGGCGGUAAAGGGCAUCUUGGGAUGGGAGCUCUGACCUAGUGAUGAACGAGUCUCCUAAUGGAGUCGGUCUGAUGGUGUGGGGACAUGGUGAAGGUGAGAGAUGAAGCCUGCUUGGAGGCAGGUCACUGGAAACUUGUCUUUGGGGCUGUCCCUCUGGCCCUUCCUACAACCAUCUUUCUCGGCUUCCUGCCUAUGAUGUCAGCUGCCACUACAGAGUAACACCUCUGAAACCGUGAGCCAAAUUCACCCAUCCCUCCCUUCAGCUGUCUAUAUCAGGUAGCUUGUCUCCAUGCUGCCAAACGAAUACAGUAAAAUAUAAUGUUAAACGUUA